AUGUUCAAAAACAAAAACGAGGGUUUCGCAAAGAACACACCUCCACCAUUUAAAAUACAGGAAGACAGCACUUCACCUUCUACCUUCAAUGAUGGGCUCCCUCUACCAAAAUUAUUCGUGUUUGACUUAGAUUACACAUUGUGGCCUUUCUGGGUUGAUACGCAUGUCAGCCCUCCUGUAAAAGCGCGUGAUAAUAACUCGCGCUGCGUUGACAGAUGGGGUGAAUCUUUCGCCUUCUAUCCAGCUGUGUCUGCGAUAAUUCAUGCUCUGAAGUCUCGUUCGGUUCCGAUUGGAGUUGCGUCGCGAACCCAUACCCCUGACUUAGCUCGAGACAUGCUCAAAGCCCUCCACAUUAUCCCUUCCUUCUCGGACAACCCUGCUACAGCCAACAGCCGCUCUGUGCGCGCCUUGGACUACUUUGAUUAUCUCCAAAUAUUUCCAGGCUCGAAAACCCAGCAUUUUGCGCGCAUUCAACAAGCAAGUGGGCUUCAAUAUGAAGAUAUGCUAUUCUUUGACGAUGAGGCUCGGAACAGCAACGUCCAAACAGAGCUUGGUGUGACCUUCUGUUUAGUACGAGACGGUAUGACUAAAGAAGAGGUUGAUAGAGGGGUCUGGGAAUGGAGAAGGCGGGCCGGCAUAUCUUUGGAUAGCCAGAAGGUCGAGAUACAUACUCAAGAAUAG